GGGAGGGACACAGCACGGGGCUUCAGGGAGGAGCGCUUGAUCAAAAGCGAGCAGCGCUGGCGUGUCAGUCCAGCCUGCGAGGAGCAGAGAGCAAACAGGGUGCAGCAGCACGGAUCCAGCCUGGCAUCUCCAGUACAGAAGGGAGCAGGAAGGAGACCAGUCCAAGGCAGCUUCAGCGCUCCAGCCUUGUGGGUGGACGGAGCAAACACCUUCCCAUGGCAUCACAGGAGCACGUACACAGCUCAGACUCUGUCACUGACAGUCUAAACUCAGGAGUGGAGGGUGGUUCUGUAUCCAACACUGCUAAAACUUGUCCCAUCCAUGCUCCAGCUGGAGAGGACUCUAAGAGGGGUUUCCAGAAAGGUGUAAGCAGACGCAACGACUAUGUGAAGAUCGCUGUACCAGAGCCCAAAGUCAACCUUCUGCCGUCAGAGUGGUGGAAGACGGUGAUCGCCUUUUUCUACGCCGUUUUUAACUUGGUUUUGACUACAGUCGUCAUCACAGUCGUACAUGAGCGGGUCCCUCCCAAAGAAAGCAGCCCUCCUCUUCCUGAUAAGUUCUUUGACUAUAUUGACAGAGUCAAGUGGGCCUUUACAGUAACAGAGGUCAAUGGGAUGGUACUCGUGAUCAUUUGGUUGAUCCAGUUGUUCUUCUUCAGAUACAAGUCAAUAUUAUUUAGGCGGUUCUUCUUCCUCAUUGGAACCCUGUACCUGUAUCGCUGUGUGACCAUGUACAUCACCACCUUGCCUGUUCCUGGCAUGCACAUGAACUGUGCUCCUAAGCUUGAAGGAGACAUGCAGGCCAAAAUUCAGCGGGUUCUACGGCUGAUUUCAGGUGGAGGCUUGUCUAUCACCAACUCCCAUCUGUUGUGUGGAGACUUCCUCUACAGCGGACACACAGUGAUGCUCACCCUCACUUAUCUAUUCAUCAAAGAAUACUCACCCCCGUCAUUCUGGUGGUAUCACCUGGUGUGCUGGCUGCUGAGUGCUGUGGGCGUGGUCUGCAUCCUGGUGGCACAUGAGCACUACAGUGUAGAUGUGGUUGUGGCCUAUUUCAUCACCUCCCGUCUGUUCUGGUGGUACCACACCAUGGCAAACUUACAGAUUAUAAAGUGCUCACCCAAUAACUACCUCACCAACACCUGGUGGAAUCCGCUGUUUAACUUCUUGGAGAAGAAUGUCCAAACCUCAGUGCCAUGCUCUUACAGUUGGCCCAUCACCUGGCCUUCUGCCUGUCUGAAGAACUCCUGUAAGAAAUACUCGAUGGUGCAGAGCCCACGGGAGGAGUGAUGUGACCGUGAUACUGCAGCGUCGUUGCUUGAAAGUCCUUUAAAUGAUUUUCCUUCAUUGAGUACUGUCUUCUGUGCAAAUACCAAAAUCAUACUGUUGAUGCAUAAAGUCUUUGUAUUUUUGCCACUGUGAUUUAUUUAUAAAAAAUGCUUCACACACAAACAGCUCAUUUGUUUUUGCAGCAUUCUUUCAGGACUGUUGCUGUUACUUGGCAUGCUGAAUAUUUAGAUUAUUUUUAUGUCGAUAUAUUAGUGUACUUCAGCCACAAGGUGCCUUAGUGUUUUAAGAAUCUGUACCAAAGCUGCCAUUACCUGCCUCUGUGUGUUUUCUGUGCUUUAUUAUCUACAUUCAUUUUGUAUUCCUUUUAUCAUCCAAGUCAUUGUGAUGUUAUAUGAAAAAUAAAGAAAGGCAGAGCUUGA